AUGUCUAAUAAUAUUCGUCGUGAGGUUGCCCCUGAUUGGAGAAUUGUGACGGAAUGUUUAAAUAUUGAGGCCCAUUGCCAAAUUCAUCCUGUCGAGCCUAUUAUGGAGGUUAUAUUCUUGUAA